UCCGCUUGCUUUUCCUCUUCCUCUUCCUCCGACCUCCUCCGUCGCCAUGGGAAUCAAGGGUUUGACGAAGCUCCUCUCCGACAACGCCCCAACUACCAUCAAAGAGCAGAGAUUCGAGAACUACUCCGGCCGGAAGAUCGCCAUCGACGCCAGCAUGAGCAUCUAUCAGUUCCUCGUUGUUGUCGGAAGGAAUGGCAUGGAAACCCUCACCAAUGAGGCUGGCGAAGUGACCAGCCAUUUACAAGGGAUGUUCAACCGAACAAUAAGAUUGCUGGAGGCAGGAAUAAUGCCAGUAUAUGUUUUUGAUGGUCAACCACCAGAAUUGAAGAAACAAGAGCUUGCAAAAAGGAAUUUGAAGAGGGAAGAUGCUAUAAGGGAUCUAACUGUAGCAAUAGAGGUUGGAGAUAAGGAGGGAAUUAGAAAGUUCAGCAAAAGGACUGUCAAGGUUACUAAGCGACAUAAUGAGGAUUGUAAAAGACUCUUAAGAUUGAUGGGUAUUCCAGUGAUUGAGGCACCUUGUGAAGCAGAAGCCCAGUGUGCAGCUAUUUGCAAAAGCAAUAAGGUCUAUGCUGUGGCUUCUGAAGAUACGGAUUCAUUAACUUUUGGAGCUCCAAGAUUGGUUCGUCAUUUGAUGGAUCCAAGUUCCAGAAAGAUUCCUGUGAUGGAAUUUGAAGUUUCAAAGAUUCUUGAGGAGCUAAAACUCUCAAUGGAUCAAUUCAUUGACUUAUGCAUUCUCUCUGGAUGUGACUACUGCAACAGCAUUAAAGGGAUUGGGGGACAAACAGCUUUAAAGCUUAUACAUCGGCAUGGUUGCAUGGAGAACAUUUUGCAGAAUAUAAACAAAGAAAGGUAUCACUUACCUGAGGACUGGCCUUAUAAAAAAGUUAGACAGCUGUUCAGAGAACCUAAUGUUUCUUCAGAGAUUCCAGAGCUCAGGUGGACUGCUCCAGAUGACGAGGGUCUUGUGAACUUUCUGGUGAAUGAAAACAGUUUCAACAAUAAACGGGUAGCAAAGGCAAUAGAAAAAAUUAAAGUGGCCGAGAUUAAAUUUUCUCAAGGGAGGUUGGAAGGUGUGAGUGCAUAUGCACCUUCUAGAAGGAAGGAAACCAGAUGCAUGCUUCACUUUCCCAGACCAACAUGCGAAUCUAGGAUGUUCAGACUGCAAACAUUCAUUGUCUCGGGCUCCAAAGUUGGCAGCUUGAAGCCGCUGAUUCCAGGGUUGCAACAAAGAUGCUGUGAGGCAGUGGCUAUUCUGAAAAGUUAAAAAGGACUCUGAUUCAAGAGAAACUGAUUAUUGACUACGAUUCUUGAUUGAAGAGCCCAUUUGACUAUUCUAGUUUUUUCUUUGCAUGGGAAAUGUUUACAGUUUCUCUUUGAUUAUGAAAUACAUUCCUCGUUCAAUUUUGUCAUUUAUUUUGCACAAUCAGGUAGUUUGAGGACUGGAUAUUGAUAGGAAGAAACAUUUAAAUUUUCUUCUUAUGUCAUAAAUCAUGGGUUUUUACUCAAGGGUCAUUGAUGUUGGGAG